AUGGUUUUCCUCGGGUUUAUUGCUGGGCCUGUAUUCGACAAAGGCCACUUAACCCUCCUCCUCAGGACGGGUUCUAUUCUAAUUCUUGCCGGGACAAUCAUGCAGGGGCUGUCUUCCGAGUACUGGCAUCUGUUUCUUUCCCAAGGAAUUUGCAUAGGAACUGGAAUGGGUCUCCUAGCUGUCCCGAGCGUCGCCAUACCAUCGGCAUGGUUUACCACGACCAAGCUCUUUCUAGCAAAUGGCAUCGUCGUGAGCGCCAGUGGCUUCGGAGGAGUCGUCUAUCCUAUUAUGAUUCGCUCUCUCAUCCCCAUCAUUGGCUUCAAGUAUACAAGUUUGAGCGUGGCAUUAGUCAUCCUCCUCACCCUGGGCGUAUCGAACAUUAUACUACAUCAGCCUACGGCCCCGAAAGCGAAACGUGCGUUCUUUGAAAAGUCUGCUUUAAAAGAUGCGCCAUAUGUUUUAUUCGUUCUUGGAUGUAUGCUCUCGUUCCUGGGUAUAUACACAACUUUCUUCUACCUAGCUAGCUACGCUGUCCAUGAAGGAAUCACUACUAAGACCACUGCAUCGUACUUUCCGAAGCAGGCCACUGACAUGUACUUAGUACUUAACGGAGCCUCGAUUUUUGGUCGAAUGCUUCCCAAUAUACCCUCCCUUACUCUGCAUCUGGGGCCUUUAAAUAUGAUGAUUACAUCGGUUGUAUCAAUGGCGGUUAUUGUACUCACUUUCAACACCCACCUAAACCCUGCCGGUCUGCUAGUCUUGAUCGUGCUCUAUGGCUUCUUCACUGGGGCCUUCUUCACGCUGCAGCCGACUAUUUUUGCGCGGCUCACUGAUGACCCUGGUCGUAUUGGUACAAGAACUGGGAUGGCGUCGACCGUUUGCAGCUUCGGGCUUUUGCUUGGCGCACCGUCUGCAGGGGCUUUGUGGAGAACAUUUGGUUUCCAUGCUAGCUGGGCCUGGAGUGGCGGUUCACUACUCUCAGGUGCGUUUGUGAUGGUUGCUAGCAGGUGUAUUGUAAGUAGGUGGAAACUAUUAGCAAAUGUAUAG